UCUCUUCAACAGCUCUCCCAUCCCCAAAGGCAAAUUUAUCUGCACCGGUUCUGCACUCUGAUAACCAGAAUGGAUCUCUCCGAUAUUGCGAAGAAGCUCGGUCUCUCCGAACACAAGCGCCUGAUCCGGAAAGCCGCAGAGCUCCGUCGUCUCUGCGAUGUCCAGUUCGACUCCUCUGUCAUCGGAGUAGGGGAGAUCUGUAAAGCUGUAAUCUGCUUAGAAAUUGCCGCCACAAGGUUUGGGGAGGUGUUAUUUGACAAAUCGAGGGCUAUUAAGUUAAGCGGGAUGUCGGAGAAGGCUUACAUUAGAUCCUUCAAUUCCUUGCAGAACGGUCUCAAUAUCAAGACAACGGUGGAUGUAAGACAAUUGGGGAUUCAGUUUGGAUGUGUUAGGCUCGUCCCCUUUGUCAUAAAGGGAUUAUCUCUCUACAAGGAGCGAUUUCUUGCUUCAUUGCCAGCUUCCAGGCAGGGGACUGCAGACUUCACAAGGCCUGUGUUUACAGCUGUGGCAUUUUACCUGUGUGCAAGGAAACACAAGCUCAAGAUAGACAAGACUAAGUUGAUUGAGGUUUCUGGAUCAUCUGAAUCUGAGUUUUCUUCUGUCUCCAACUCAAUGAAUGACCUAUGUUAUGAUCUUUUUGGGAUCUCGAAGGAAAAGAAGGAUCCACGGGAAGUGAAAGGCAAUAGAGAACUGCUUGAUGUAUUACCUGAGAAAAGAAAAUUUGAUGAUGGUGGCUAUUUAUCUGAUGAUGGAUCAGAGCAUUCACAUCACAAGCGGCACAAAAAAAUGGAGAAAGUUGCUUAUGAGGAGUGGAAAUCGUCUGUUAUUUCAUCAAAUAAGAAAACCAAAAAAGCACCUUGCAAUCGGACAACUCAAACCCGCCUCAGCUUUCAGAAGGAACAUCCAGAGACCAAUGACAAUGAGUUGGGAGCUUUAUAGAGAGGCCAUGUCUUCCUUUAGGUGUUUUAAGUUAUUUGUAUUAUCCUUUUUGGAAUUUCAUAUUGGGGAAAGGGAACGGAGAUGAAUCAUACAGUUGACAAUGUUUGUAGUGCAAAAUUUUCCUGGAAGUCCGAUGUAAAGAAAUUGUUCGAAGAAUU